AUGAUAGCAGCCCUUACUAUACGUGGUGAAUUUUAUGCCGAAAACUUGCUUGGAUUAGUUAAAAAUAAUAUUAAACUUAAUGGUUAUUCGGAUGUUAUGACCAGAGAAAUAGAAGAUUUGUUGAAACACAUUGGUCAAUUUCCCCACACUGAUGCGCUU